GUCACCUCCCUGACUGCAAUGGCCGCUGUAGCCUCAUAACGCUCGAAACAAGCGCGUCACUCGUGAAGCAUUUCACGCAAAUUAUUCACUAAAACGAAUUUGAAAAGGAGAAUUUUUUUUGUUAAUACGACAUCACAACAAUGUGAAUAUCUAUUAGACGUUUUAUUGUUGUGUAAACAAACAAUAUCUGUUGGCAGGCACCACACAAGGGGGGGGGGGGGUCUCGGUGUGUGACGCCGCCUCGCGUUGUGAGCGACUCCGCGAGGCUUCGUCUCGGCAGCUUCCAGUUGGACUCCGGGGCCUGGCCCAGGCUGCGCUUGGCGGGGAGGCGAUGCCAAAGAAGUUCUCCACCGAGAACGCCAAGGCGGCAGCGGCCCGCGUCCGCAAGGAGGAGGCCAAGGCGGUCGCCACGGCCACGAAGCAGAAGGAGGUGGAGGAUGCCCUCUGGGUGGAGGAUGACAAGAACGUGCUCAAGAAGGAGCAGCGCAAAGUGGAGCGCGAGAAGAAGCGCUUGGAGCAGGUGGAGCGCAAGAAGGAGGCCCAGCGGCUGUUGGACGAGGAGCAGGCCAGCCUGAAGGGCCGCGCCGCCAAGCAGGCGGCGGCCGCGGCGGCGGCGGCGGCGGGCGGCGGCAAAGUGACGCGAGCGCAGAUCGGCGAGACGCUCAAGCGCGAGCAGGAGGAGCGCGCCGCCAACGGGGGGUCGGACGGCGAAGGCGGCGUCGCGGGCAAGGGGGUGACUCAAGCCGACCAGCCGCUGGAGGAGAACAUCAACCGGCUGGUGGCCGCCGACGACGCGGUGGAGGCCCGGUCCGUGGACGACGCCAUCGCGGCCCUCAGCACCAAGGAGAACGUCGACCACCACCCCGAGCGGCGGAUGAAGGCGGCGUACACGGCCUACGAGGAGCUGCACCUGCCGCGGCUGAAGAAGGAGAACCCCAACAUGCGGCUGUCGCAGCUCAAGCAGGUGCUCAAGAAGGACUGGAUGCGCUCGCCAGAGAACCCCAUGAACCAGAAGCACGCCGCAUACAACGUCAAGGCAUAAGUUGGACCCCUCGACCCUCCCUCCCCCCACUCCCCUAUCCCCCCACCCCCCGAGUCUCCCCCCCCUACCUCCUCUCUCUCUCCCCGUGGCCCCAACGCGCGGCCCCCGGCGAGGGAUGAAGCUCCCUGCACGUGGGGGGGGGUGGGGGGGGCGGAACGCGCCGAGACCUCGACUGCGGCGUGAGAGACACCGCGCCGCCAGGGUGCCGGCGCUGGACCCGGGGAAUUUCCAGCCCCUGGGGUUGAGGGUCAUCGUAUCCCUCGGCCACGACUUACAUUGCUGUUAGAAUCGCCUGGGGAGAUUAACGACGGGAAGAUGUAACCCCCCCCUCCCCUCCCCUCCCCUCCCCCACCCCGAAAUAAAUCGACGCUUUCUGUCUGACAAGUUGGGUCGAAUAUCGGGCGGUUUGGUCAUGGGCUGACGAUAACAGGAACCGCCAUCAAUCAGCCACCAUCACCAUCGUCGUCGUCAUCAUCAUCCACCUACGCUGUCACCGUCCCUCGUACACAACACACAGGGCGCCACCUCCAUUCUUGAUUUGAAGCUUUCGUGACUGCAGGAAUUACUCUUUGGUUCUUUCGGUAAAGUCGCGUCUAUGUUGUGUGUCUCUCUCUGUGUGUCUAUGUUGUGUGUCUCUCUCUGUAUGUCUAUGUGUGUGUCUCUAUCUGUGUGUCUCUCUCUGCUUGUGUGUCUAUGUUGUGUGUCUCUCUGUGUGUCUAUGUUGUGUGUCUCUCUCUGUAUGUCUCUGUGUGUGUCUCUCUCUGUGUGUCUCUGUGUUGUCUCUCUCUACUUGUGUGUCUGUCUGUGUGUCUCCGUGUCAGUGUUUUGUCUCUCUCUCAAAUUUAGCACUCUUUGGAAAAACGUAAUCAACCAGGUGGGGUGCCGACUGUUCUAAGUUUACUGGGUUUGUUUUCUACCUGAUGACGGUUGCUUGUGUUGCUAUCGAAAUGUCGUAUUCUAUUAUUUAAUUUUUUUUCAUUCUACUUGACUUUACUGAAAGAACCAAAGAAUACCUCCAUUCUUCUCCGUUGUCUGCUCGCUCUCCCAUCUCACCUCACUCCACUCCCCUCCACGCACUCUCCUGCCUCUCCCAUCUCAUCUCGCUCCCCUCCACGCACUCUCCUGCCUCUCCCAUCUCAUCUCGCUCCCCUCCACGCAUUCUCCCACGUCAAUAGAAUUAAAGUCGGGUUGGCCAAGUUCCUAGUGCAGCGGCUUGCGGACCGCUGCAGCAGCACCACCCCCAUCGGCUCGCGUACGCCCCGCGUUACAAGAGCUCGUUGCUUUUUUGUGGGGGUGGGUAGGAGGGAGGGGGGGGGGGGGCUGUGUCUUGUGUCAAGUUCGGCUCGAGCGUGUAGCGCUCGAGCGAGCGACGACUCGACUCCUACGCCGAGGUUGCGAGAUUCAAGUCCGCUUUGGCGCCCUCCAGCCCCUGCCCGUCGCGUGGGCGGUUGCGAGUCGCAAGCCGCUCGUGCGACGCUGAUUUCGGGGGCGUCGCGGGCGAGCGGCGGGGGGGGGGGCUGGUGGGGUGGGGGGGGGGGGCUGGUGAGGCGGGGUGGGGGGGCUGAACUAACGACGACGGUCGGAGAUUAGAAUUUAAAACGAACAGCUCAACUGGUUGUUAUUCUACCAGGUGUGAGGCCCAUUGAGCUACGGAGCCCUUUGUCGGACGCGACCUGGCCGCAAAUGAGAGCUCAACGAGAAGUGGCUUAUCGCGUGAAAAUUUAUGGCAGCAGCCAAAUGCUCCGAAAUCGCGUUUCUGAAUCCUGUCGCCCGAUCCCGCAGGGCUUUGGCGUCAUGUCCGAGCGGAGGUGCUUUCUCCGAAUCCGAGCAGGUUCUCCCCGCCGCAGGUUUGCGGUGGCCGUUCUCGGCACUUUUGAAAUGUUGGGGGCAGCAACGAGAUACUUGUGGAUUUAUUUUAUUUAAAGAAAAUUUAAGGAACUAAAAAUGUAUUCCCAACGACACAAGCUGAUGGUGCGGUUUUUUUUAUUUCACUGGGCGCCCCUGGUCUGGCUUCCUCCCACGGAAAUUGUGCCGGUUUAUUUGUUUUUUUAUUCUCCCUUUGUGAAAGCUUUCUGUCGGAUGAGCCAAGCCUGGCUCGUACGGACAGCACCCAUCGUCUUGAUUCCCUUUUCAUUGGACUUGGCACUUUCAUAAAUGGUGGUUCCAAACAAUGCCAUGGCGUUUGUAAUAUUUGAUAUUGUUUCUUAACUGCCACUGCCCGCCAAAGGACGUGCAGUACUUUGCACAAUCACUGGCUCGCCAAAUUUACGCCUUCAUGUUUCAAUUGCUCAAGGUUGUCGUGGUUGGGUUGUUCUGGGGGGGGGGGGGGGGGGGGUGGUGUGGGGGGGGAGGUGAUGGGGCGGAGGGGUUGGUGGGUGGUUCUAGACCCCAAGGCAGCACCGCCGAGUUCCCUGGGUUCGAAUCCGUGGUUCAGCCGCCCGGCCAGACUACCACAACAAGCACAGCUAGCUUCCUGCCCUCGCGUGCGAUCGUAUUUGAUUUCUCCGCCGAUGCACGAGCAGCAUCUUGCCGCACCGUGUCCCCCGAUCCCAGCCGGCGCUCGGCGCUCCUUGCGGGACUCCGGCUUCCCCGCAUUCACCGAUGUGGUGGUGGGGGCUGGCGGGACGUGGUGGGGGCUGGGGGGACGUGGUGGGGGCUGGGGGAGGUGUCUGCCGGUGGCUGGGCGCGAGGAUCGGGUGACACGGAAUUAGAAGACCCAAAUCCUCCUGCCGCCGAGUGGCGAUCCGGUUGGAUCCUGGGUGCAGGUGGAUCAGGGCGCAGCUGCCUCGCAGGCUGCGCCGCGAUCCUCCUCAAACACGAGAAGCGCUUUGCCAACGUCGGCGGCGAGACCACAACACGCGGCUGGCGGGGGCGGCGAUGGUGAUGGUGGUCAUAAUAAAAACACGACGAACGCCCCGUGCGGAUUACAUGCCG